GAAUUACAAAAGAAUGGAAUCAAAUACCCAGAGCGCCUUGCUAAGCCUCAACAUCGGAAGCCUUAGCGAAGUAUUCACCUUCACUGACCUCGAACAGUCUCUCCAACUCAGACUGGUCUGCAGGAAGUUCAACCAGUCUGUCUGAUAUGGAUGGAGACUCAGAAUUUACGAACUUGAGAUUUUGAAGAAGCGUUGAGAAGAACAGCUCACUAAUGACUUCGACGAAGAAACUCUGCAUGAACACAAAACCAUGAGCAAGCAUCAAGACUGCAUCGUUCAUGACUUAAGAGAUCUAUUCAUGAGAGCUUUCAAGUUAAACAAGAGCGUUAUCUCUUGUCCGAAUUUUGGAAGUAGAGUCAAUCCAGAUCGGUUGAUAGUUCUUCCUAUCUUAGCAUCAAUGAUUCUGAUGAAAAAGGAUACUUACAAAGAGUUAGUGAGAGAUUACUCAAUGAUGGGAGUAGAUGUGAAACUUUGGACAAAAAUUAAACUUAUCUUUAAAGGCAGAUGGAAGACUAAAGCUUUGAUCAAUAACUUCGAUAUUUCAGAGGUUGCUCCUGAUCAAAUCAAGGAGUGUAAGAAAAUCCUCAGAAACAACUCUGACCUAAGUGUAGCUACAAUUCGGCCUUAUUCUCAUUGUGCCUCUUACAUGUUUCAAUGGACGAACCUAGCUCUGAAAUAUUUUAAGAUCAGAGAUACCAUCUUAGAGUUAGGCGUCUGCCAAAUUGAACAGAAGUUAGCAACUCAUACAAACACAGAGCAGAAAAUGGUUAAGGUAUUUGAGAGAAUUCUGGCAAACCAAGAGUUUUAACUAGUUGAUCUGACACAUUUCUGAAGGAUUCAAUGAGACUAUUGAUCAAUCUCAAUAUCUUUU